AUGUCUGCCACUGUUACCUCGGACGAGGUUGCGGAAGAUUACAAGGGCUCGCUCGAAGACCUCGUCUCGAAUGACAGAUACCAGAUCUCCAACCUUACGUUAAUCGCAAAGGAAAACAUUGAGCAUGCCGAAGCCAUCUCAAGAGUCUUACAGAAUCACAUCACCAGAGCCCCUCCAGCUCGGAAGCUACCAGCUCUGUAUGUGCUGGACUCUAUCGUCAAGAAUGUAGGCAGUCCGUAUACCGUCUACUUCAGCCGCAAUCUCUACCAGACCUUUAUGGGUGCUUACUCACAAGUCGACACCAAUGUGCGCCGGAAGUUGGAGGAGAUGUUGAAGACCUGGCGAGAACCCGUACCAGGAUCGACGAGCACACAGCCUGUCUUCCAGCAUUCUGCCACUCAGGCCAUCGUUGAUAAUAUCACCAAGUUCCGAGCCUCAGCAGCACCACAGCCCCGAUACGCCGUCGCCCAAGCUCCUCCCCCAGGUCGUGUACCUUCAGUUCAAGCAUAUCGGGACACGCCUACUCCGCCGCAACAUAUGGUUCAUAGAUCGUCAGCACAACAGCCUGCCUACCCCCAAUCGUAUUCCCAGCAAUACCCUCAGCCAUAUCCACAUCAAACACCAACCCCUCAGCAACAAUAUGCUGCCCCAGCGCCACAACUGCCAAACCCUCCUGUCCACGUCGAUAUGACCAGACUCCAUGCUGACAUCGACGAUUUGACAACCGAUGCAAAGAUCGAGUGCACGACCCAUCCCAUGGAUGGUGCUGCCUCGAACAAGUUGACCACACUUCAAACACUGAAGGAAAUUCUAGAAACUGGAAAGGCGUCACCGAGUGAUCUUUUGGAUAUACGGAAAUCUAUCGACCAGCAGCUGGCGAAGAGAAUUGCAGAUGCGCGACAUUCAACACCCAAUCCAACUCCACAAUCUCUUCCAGCCAGGCCGGCGUACCUGUCUGCGCCGCAGACAAUGCCUCAGCACCCAUCGCAAGCGCAGUAUCCCGUGCCACCGCCUCCCCUUCCUGGCGCCCUACCAGCUGGGAUGAACACGACGAACUUGGCCGAUCUUCUCCGAGCCACCGCAAGCCAACGUACCACUCCUCAACCACCACAAUACAACCAAUCAUACACACAGACAAUUCCUAACGUCAACACGCCACCCUUGCUACCCGCACGUCCAGCGCAGCCGUCUCAGGCCCCAACUCCGGCAUUCUCGCUGCUGGACCAACUGAAAGCUGCGGGACUUAUGUCGGCAGCACCUACGCCGCCUCAAGGAGUUACACCACCUAUCCUUGGGUUUUCUGGCCACUCCUCUACUGAAGUCACCUUCUCCACCGCAUCUAUCAGGGCCUCUCGACCUCAGAUGCUGACAUCUUUUCUGUCAGCUCGGCCCAAUCAGUGCAGCACGUGUGGACGUAGAUUUACAUCAGACGACGUUGGCAAGGAGAAGAAGGCCAGACACCUGGACUGGCACUUUAAGACCAAAGCCCGCAUGAUAGAGGCUGAGAAGCGUGGUCAAAACAGGAGCUGGUAUGUGGAUGUUCGGACAUGGAUCAAGAGUAAGGAGGUCGACGAUGAAUUGGCUGAAGAUGGUCCAGCCUCGACCAGCACAUCUCCUGCUAAGAAGCAACAACAAGCCUAUGUGAGGGCGCCGAGUGACCCGAUCCUUCGGUCAAUGCCUUGCCCGAUUGACCAGGAGCCGUUCAAGAGUGAAUGGAGUGAGGAAGUUCAGGACUUCAUCUGGAAAGAUGCUGUGCUGGUGGGAGGACGAUACUAUCAUGCUAGCUGUUAUAGAGAAGUGACCAAAGACCGUGAUAGAGAUGCCGGCAACACAACCCCUCUAGGCGCAGGUUUGCGAACUAGUACUCCUGAUUCUGUGCUUGGUAAGCGAAAGGCCGAACAGGAGUUCAAUGGAGUCACGUCGCGUGUCAAGCUUGAGGCGUAG